AUGAUUGCUCACAGCAUGGAUAACAACAGCGGUACUGUUGUUCUCCCUACCUUCCUGCUCCUGCUGCAGAGCGAGAGCUACCCAGACAGCCCCAUCCCUCCUGCUGGCUAUGGGAUGACAGCAUCACCCACAGGACCCAGCUCAAGCAGGAACCACACUGCCUUGCUCUAUGACCUGCAGAGGGGGGAAAUUACAGCAGCCAGCAUCAUUUUGGGAGCGCUGUGGCUGGUGUCCCUUGUUGGAAACUCCCUCGUUUGCUUAGUGAUCCAUCGGAGCAGGAGGACACAAUCCACCACCAACUAUUUCGUUGUCUCCAUGGCUUGUGCAGACCUGCUGACUAGUGUCACAAGCGUGCCCUUCGUGCUGCUUCAGUUCACCUAUGGCAGGUGGACACUGGGGAACUCGAUGUGCAAGCUGGUAAGGUACAUCCAGCACAUCACCCCUGGAGUCCAGAUAUAUGUGCUCCUCUCUAUAUGUGUGGAUCGAUUCUACACUAUUGUCUACCCCCUGAGCUUCAAAGUGUCCAGGGAGAAAGCAAAGAAAAUGAUUCUGGCCUCUUGGCUCUUUGAGGCUGCAUUUGCAUCUCCGGCUUUCCUUUUCUACAGCUCCAACAGUGACGACCACUGCAACUUUUUUCUCCCCAGAUCUUGGGAAGGAGUUACCUACGGCAUCAUCCGCCUCUUGGUGGUGUUUUUGAUGCCAUCUACCCUCAUUGUCUUCUUCUACCAGAGGGUCAUCAAGUACAUUUGGAGAAUAGGCACCGAUGGCAGGACUGUCAGGAGGACAACGAAUACUGUCCCAAGAGCAAAAGUGAAAACCAUCAAAAUGUUCUUAAUGUUAAACUUGGUCUUUCUCCUCUCCUGGCUCCCUUUCUACAUGGUACAGCUGUGGCACCCACAGGAAACCAACUACAGAAAGAGCUCCCUGGUUUUCCUGUUCAUCACCUGGAUAUCCUUCAGUUCCUCAGCCGCUAAGCCAACCAUCUACUCCGUGUAUAAUGCAAACUUCAGAAGAGGGAUGAAAGAAACUUUCUGCAUGUCUGCCAUGAAAUGUUACAGAAGCAAUGCAUACACCAUCACCAGCAGUUCCAGAAUAGCCAAAAAGAAUCAUGUUGGGAUCGCAGAUAUCCCAGCUCCAGCCAAAACUGUCAUGAAAGACUCCAUCUAUGAGGCCUUUAACAGAGAAGAAAAGGAAAAAAGGGUUGCCUGGCCUAUUCAGUCCAAUCCCCCCAAUACAUUUGUCUAG